AUGAUAUGGGCUUUUUGGGUAUUAGCGAUCACCCUGUGGCCGGUCAGUGGCGCCCGCGAUGCGUCAGGUAUACCAUAUGUGAAUGACUCUGUAGUACAAGCUCAUCUCAGCGCGAGAGUUCAGCUGAUAGAAGCCGAAAAGGAAACGAGGCAAGAUCAUGCCUUUCGCAGCUCACUUUCCGCCGUUGCGCAACAGGCUGAACGAAUUGUUGCGGCCAUCAGACAAGAUGAGAUAGACCACUACUGGCGCGUCUACGCUCCAUUGGGCCAGGAUGAUAGAGAGAGAUUCGCUGGAAUGAUGUUUCCCGAAGCCAAACCAUACAUUCCAGGUACUGAACUGUGGAACAUUGUUCAGCGUAUGCCCAAGGGUUCACUGCUGCAUGCUCACUCGACCGCGCUGGUAUCCGUUGAUGUCAUCAUUGACAGUCUUCUCACCACCGAGGGAGUCGUCAUCUCUGCCUCACAAAGCAUUUCCUCAGAGAUCAGUGGGAGAAAUGCGACUAUCUCCUUUACACACGCCAACACGACUGUCUCUGCGUCUCUACCGUCCCUGCAUUCCACAGAAUACGUGGCGAACUCGUUUGUUCCAAUCACUGUGGCAGCGACCACGUAUCCCGGAGGGCGCGAUGCAUUUACUUCGUUCCUGAAAUCCAAGAUGACACUCACACCAGAAGAAUCGAUCCGGCACGAUCUCGGCGUCGAUGCUAUCUGGAGGAAAUUCCAGAGCUGCUUUGGUCCCAUAGGCGCGGCGCUGAACUAUGAACCCAUCAUUCGAACGUACUGGAAAACCCUCUUUGAGAACCUAGUGGAUGAUGGGGUAUACUGGGUCGAGCUCCGUAGUGGUGGUUCGUCCGCAACAUUAAUUGCUGAGGGACAGGCAGAGGCUGAUCCAGAUCUUGAUUUUUGGUGGGAUGUUAUGAUUGACGAAGUGGAGAAUUUCAAGGCCACGGCUAAAGGUCAGAGCUUCUGGGGAGUGAGGGUCAUUUGGUCGGACCUAAGGGGUUGGAAUCGUACGGUGCUUACUAACACCAUGCAAAUUGCCAUUCAGAGAAAAUUGAAUUACCCAGACCUGUUCAGCGGCUAUGAUUUGGUUGCACAGGAAGACCUAGGACGUCCAUUGUCGGACCUCGCGCCAGAGCUAAUCUGGUUCCAAGAGCAAACUCAGGCCCAUAAUGUCUCACUGCCUUUCUUCUUCCACGCGGGAGAGACGCUGGGAGAUGGGAACAGCACAGAUUCGAAUCUGUUUGACGCGAUCCUCUUCGACACUCGGCGCAUAGGACAUGGCUUUUCGCUGUACAAGCAUCCCAAGCUCAUGGAAGAGGUGAUAGGAAAUCGGAUCAUGGUUGAGGUCUGCCCGAUAUCGAAUGAAGUGCUUCGCCUUGCCACAGAUGUCCUGCACCAUCCUAUCCCAGCCAUGAUUGCACAUGGCGUUGCUACAUCGAUUAGUAAUGACGACCCUUCAAUCAUGGGCCAAGACGACCCAGGCCUCAGCUAUGACUUCUACCAGGCGAUUCAGGCUUAUGAUAAUCUUGGGCUGGGAGGCUUGGUAAGAACCUUUCCUAAUGACUCUAUUCAUCCUUACGCUGACGCGCUUUGGUGGCAGGGUGCUCUAGCCGAGAAUAGCGUCCGCUGGUCCAACUUUGCGGACCAGACAAAGGCUGAAUGGCUGCAUGAUAUCGAUAUGGGAGUCGACGGCACUGGCAUAAAAGCUAGACGUAUGAGGGAAUGGAAGCAGAAAUGGGAGGACUUCUGUGAAUGGAUCGUGGAGGAAUACGGGGAGAGGUACAACGCCAGCUUACCUGCCCCAUGGUCGACAAACACCUUGAAAUAG